GUUUUACGUUGGCCCCUAGAACAAAUCCUUUAAACCGUUAGUUUUAUAAUCUUUUGGGAUACUUGGUUUAAGGUGUUUAUAGAUUAGCGGGGCUAUACAUGUUUUUCAAUCAAAUGCCUAGACUUACUAGGUAGCACACUUACUACAACCCCCGCCGAUGAACGCGCUUACCUGCGGUAUCACAUCUAUCUGUACCUGUAGCAUGCUGUUAAAAACGUAGUUACUGAUAACGGGCUGUGUUGAUGCGGGGAACCUCUUGCCACAAAAACACCUAGGUGCCAUUCGUCCGCCCGCCUGAUAGGGAGAGAGCGAUAUUAUAAAACGAGAAGUGGGAAACCGCUGGGAAACCGCUGCCCCUCUGGCCAUGUUUCAAUCUAUUGCCAGAGCUACUAUUCGCGCUAGUUUGACAUCUCGCCGUCUAAAUAAAAACAACAACUUAUCUAAGCUAUUAUCCACCAUGGCAGACUUAAAGGUUGAUCUCACUGCCCCAAACGGCAAGAAGUUCACCCUCCCUACGGGUCUCUUUAUCAAUAACGAAUUCGUUAAAUCAAGCUCAGGGGCCAAGAUUGCGAGCAUCAACCCGACAAAUGAGCAAGAAAUAUGCUCCGUUGAAGCAGCUAGCGUCGAAGACAUUGACAAAGCCGUAGCUGCUGCGAGGGCUGCAUUGAACCAUGAGUCGUGGCGAGAUAUCUCUCCGACUGAUCGCGGUAGGAUGAUGUAUAAAUUGGCGGAUAUAGUCGAACAAGAAGAGGAUAUCCUAGCUACUAUCGAGACUUGGGAUAAUGGCAAACCACUCGGCGACUCUCAUGGAGACGUAUCCGAGGUCAUCAACACCAUUCGAUACUACGCUGGCUAUGCUGACAAGAUCCACGGCGAAACUAUUCCCACCACAAGCCAGAAGUUUGCCUACACAUUGAAACAGCCUAUUGGAGUCUGCGCUCAGAUCAUUCCUUGGAACUACCCAAUGGCGAUGGCGGCGUGGAAAUUGGGACCAGCACUUGCCUGUGGAAAUACAGUUGUGCUGAAGCCUGCUGAACAAACUCCUCUAUCCAUCCUAUACCUAGCGAGUCUCAUACCCAAGGCUGGCUUCCCUCCCGGAGUUGUCAAUAUUACCAAUGGGUAUGGUAGAGAGGCUGGCCAUGCACUCGCAAGCCACCUGGAUAUCGACAAGGUUGCAUUCACUGGCUCGACUGUAACAGGAAAGCAGAUUAUGAAGACAGCCAGUGUCAACAUGAAGAACAUCACUCUCGAAACUGGUGGCAAAUCUCCUCUGCUAGUCUUCGAAGACGCUGAUAUCGAGCAGGCAGCGAAAUGGGCUCAUGCCGGAAUCAUGAGCAACAUGGGCCAGAUCUGCACGGCGACCUCGCGUAUCCUUGUCCAAGAGAAUAUCUACGAUAAAUUCGUAGACAAGUUCCGGGAGGAGGUCAAGAACACGAGCAAGGUCGGCGACCCCUUCGAGGAGGGCACAUUCCAAGGUCCUCAAGUCACCAAGGCGCAGUACGAGAGGAUCCUGAGCUUUGUGGAAUCAGGUAAGUCGGAAGGGGCCACGCUGACGGACGGAGGUAUCCCCUGUCCGCUCAAUGGAAAGGGUUACUUCGUCGCGCCUACCGUCUUCACCAAUGUGAAGAAUAACAUGAAGAUUUACCGAGAGGAGGUGUUCGGGCCUUUCGUUGUCAUCGUGCCGUUCAAGGCUGAAGAUGAAGCAAUCACGAUGGCGAAUGACACCACCUACGGGCUAGGCUCAGCUAUUUUCACCCAGAACCUCGAGCUUGCUCAUCGUGUCGCUGCGCGCAUCGAGGCGGGCAUGGUCUGGAUUAACUCUUCCAACGAUUCUGAUUUCAGAGUCCCGUUCGGAGGCGUGAAGCAGAGCGGUAUCGGCCGAGAACUGGGUGAAGCUGGUCUCGCCGGAUACAUGCAAACCAAGGCUAUCCAUGUGAAUCUAGGUCAAAAAUUGUAAGAACAUCAAAGUCUAUCGCCCUCGGAAAAGUACGGCAGAUCAAUCCUAUAAUGAUAUCAACUGUUGGAGCUUAAUAGUC